AAUAAAAUCUGUUUUUGUCCAAACUUCGUAAGAUUUCUCCUUUGGUUUGUGACUUUUUGCCUUAUCCUGACUCUCGAGGGAAGUCGAGAUGUCCUUGACGCCAAAGGAGCUGACAUGCCUCCUUAACGUUCUGUCCGAAGACGCCACGCAGACGUCUUCUUUUGAGCAGUUGGCGGCGGCCUUCCACCACUACUUCAACAAACCCGACCACUACAAGAUUGGUAGCACUUUGGUACUUCUUCUGCAGCAGCAUGAUCUACUCCCCUCCCCGACCCAACGCCUCACAGCGAUCUACCUGCUGUAUGAAAUGUACAAGACGGAACCUCUGGCCGCCAACCCCUUCGCACCUGUGUUUGCUCACCUGCUCAUCAACUCACCUGGCGAUGAGAAGACGGCGACCGCACUCCCUGCCAUCUCCAACUCAGAAAGAGUCUUUUUGUCUCAGGUUAUCACCUCCACAGCGAGGGAACUGUUAAAGAAGAACCCCCGUCAGAUCGUCACCAUGGACGUGGGGAAUGCCCCGCCCGCCGACCUGACUGGUUUACAGCUGGCCCUGGCUGAGAGACAGUCAGAACUGCCACACUUGAGCAAGGCCGGCCUACCCUGUGUCAUAGCUGACCCCGACCCAGACUCAUCUCAAGCGUCUUUCGAGUUCGACCUCUCGAUAGCCAAUCAGGUGACAGAAAACCUCAUCACCGGGCAGCGGCCGCCGGCGCAGAGUGACUUCCGACCGGAGUUCGUCCGGUUGCCCCCGCCACUGCACGUGUGCGAGGACGAGCUGGCGUGGUUGAACCCGACGGACGUGGAACACACAGUGGCGUGGGACUCCUCUAUGUGUGUCAGCAACACCAGCAGUAUAGAAGUCAAGAAACUCAUGGCGAAGGCUUUCAAGGGUCCUCUAACACUACAACAACAACAGCAGGUUCUAAGUGAGUUGGAGACGGACCCCAAGUUAGUGUACCACAUCGGCCUGACCCCCACCAAACUCCCCGACCUGGUGGAGAACAACCCCCUGGUGGCCAUCGAGGUGCUGCUGAAACUCAUGCAGUCCAAUCAGAUCACUGAGUACUUCUCUGUACUGGUCAACAUGGAGAUGUCAUUGCACUCCAUGGAGGUGGUGAAUCGCCUGACGACAGCGGUGGACCUCCCCACAGAGUUCGUUCACCUCUACAUCUCCAACUGUAUCUCCACCUGUGAGAACAUUAAGGAUAAGUACAUGCAGAACCGACUGGUGCGUCUGGUCUGUGUCUUCCUACAGUCCCUCAUCCGUAACAAGAUCAUCAAUGUACAGGACCUGUUCAUCGAGGUGCAAGCCUUCUGUAUCGAGUUCAGCCGGAUCAGAGAAGCAGCUGGGCUGUUUAGACUGCUCAAGACUUUAGACAGCGGGGAACAGGGGCCGACGGGGGCCAAGUAGUGCUUUAGUCUGCUAGUGGGUAGCCUGGUUACCAAACCCCAGCCCGAUCUCAAGUAUCUAUCGUGCAGGGGUCUGGCCGGAUGGGAUAGGAACUCUUCUCAAUUUUGCCCCUUAUAG